AUGAGUCUACUAUCCUGGAAUUGUCGGGGGCUUGGCAACCCGACAGCAGUUCGUGUUCUCACGGACCUAGUCCGUGCUAAGAGGCCAAAAGUGCUUUUUCUAAUGGAGACGUUUGUGGAUAAAAGGAAAAUGGAGUUGGUGCGUGUUCAGAAUGGGUAUGAUAGUAUGUUUGUGGUGGAUGCAAUUGGACAUAGGGGCGGGUUGGCGCUUCUAUGGAUGAAUAGUGUGGAGGUGGAAGUUACUGCCUUCUCGAGCAAUUUUAUUGAUGUUCAGUUGGCUCUAGAUGUCGGUAAACCCUACUGGAGGUUUACGGGUUUCUAUGGGCUCCCCGAAAGACAUAGGCGUAGAGAAUCCUGGCAGUUGCUACGUUCACUGGCUACACAUAGUAACUUACCAUGGGUUAUUAUGGGAGACUUUAAUGACCUUUUAAAUCAAGCAGAUAAGAGAGGACGGUUGCCCCAUCCGGAAUGGUUGAUUACGGGUUUUCGAGAAGCAGUGAAUGAUUGUGGUUUACGGGAGCUACCCUUCGAUGGUCACCAAUUUACAUGGGAAUGGUCUAGGGGAACUGCAAAUAUGGUGGAGGAAAAGCUGGAUAGGAUUUUCACCAUCGAGUCUUGGUUGUCGUUGUAUGACGGUGCCCAAGCGUCUUCGUUGAUAUGCCCCUAUAGUGACCAUCUACCGUUGAUGCUGAGCCCAGAGUCUUUAAAUCGGCCGGGAAGUAGAAGAAGGUUUUGCUUUGACAAUAUGUGGUUGCGCGAAGAUAAAUGUCGAGAGAUUGUAGCGCAAAGUUGGGAACGUACAAGAGGAAUGGAUGUGAUCACGAGAGUAGAAUGCUGUGGUCGUGAUAUUUGGCGUUGGGGCCGAAACUACAACAAGGAAUUCCAGCGUAAGAUUGAAAAAUGCAAGGGACGUUUGGCCUAUUUACGGAAUAGGCAUGAUAGUGAAAGCAUGAUGGAGUAUCCUCGGGUUGAAAAGGAGUUACUAUUCCUCCUUGAGCAACAACAUAUUUUCUAA